GCUUGCAGUGACUGAGGCUUCUAAAAAGCUGAUCCCAGCUGCUUUGUGGCUGCAUAUUACUAGCUGGCUUCCUCUCCUUGAAGGAGGCAAGGAAGCAGAGGUCCUGAAGAGAUAGUUUGCUGCCAUUUGUCCUUUAAGGAAAGAAAGUCUCCGGCCCAGCAUCUUGUUAAGAAAAAAUCCUUUCUGCAAUAUGUUACGACAUGUGCUCAGGUAUGUGGGAUGAAUGAAAGAUCAUGGAUUGUGCUGGUAGACAUAGCCAUUAUGUCAGUAUGGCAUGCUGAUCUUAGUGCUGUGCCUGUGAGUGCAUAUUAGUCAUAAGUGGGAGAGGCUGUGGAAGAAUCCAUGUUCCACUGUGGUUCUGAAGGGUUAUUAGGGAAGAGCCUGUCACUAAGUACAGGGCCUGAGUGGAAAGGAGAACUUAACUCCAAAUAUUUGACCAUUUUAAGACUGGACGCCCACCAAAGAUGGCACUGCCAGAGCAGGCAAAGGGCUGAAAUCUGCCUCUGAGAAGCUAUUUUGAAGAGCCUUCAGUAAACAUUGUGUCUGGUCUUUAACACACAGUUGGCAUUCAUAAGGUACCUGGGAGCUACCUUAUACAGAGCUGUAAAGGGUCUAAUGACCUUUCUGAAGCAUCCAUUAAAUUUCCUCUGUGAGGAAAACCAGCCUGAGUUCACAUUUUUCAUUUAAAGAAAUGUCUUGGUCUCUCUGCAACCAAAAUUACCAUUUGUAACUAGCCUUUAAUAGGAAAGAUUUCUGGCAGCAUCUUGUGGAACUCCUUUUGUAAUGACUGAAGCAACUUGAACAAAUACUUCGCAAAGUAACCUCUCGCCUGUUGCUUAGUAGUAUUUUCUGCUAGAUUAUGCAGCACUGCAGUUAACAGGCACUGGCUGGGUAGGUGGACAGUGGAAACUUUAGGUUGUUUCUAGUAAGUGGCUUAGUUGACAGUGGGUGAUUGUUGCUCCAGAUUUUAAUUUACUCAGAUAUGCUGUUCUGAGUAACUUCAGUGCUUCACUUUGGAGAACCAGACACUCCAUAACAUGGUGUAACAGGGCAUGCUGCUUUCAUCACACUACCUUUCAACACAGCAAAAAUAGCUAGAAGACUUUUGCAGAAACUGUCUGAAUCAUUCUUAGGAGGGGAGCAUUGGAGUGCUGUGUUCAUACAGACAAGCUGAUUCUCAGUGGUUACAAGUCCUAGCAGCAUUGUACAGUGAUGUGCUUUUGGCUUUCUUGGACAGAAGCCUUUUUUGGUAUGUCUCGGGAUGGGCAUGCUUGUACUAGCUGCCUCAGGUACAGAAGAGCAGAUCUCUUGGUGUCAGUGUAGUAGAUGAAUGAGGCUAUCCACUUAGCAAGGUGGCUUGUAACUUUGUAGUCUAGGUAAAUCAAGCAUUGCCAAAUACUAAGGGUCUUGUUCUCCGCAUCCCUGGUGUAUCUUGAGCACAGUUACUUGUCAGGGGCCUCUUACUGUGGAAGGUUUUCCUUUUUGCUGGGAUGCAUGCCAUCUUUCUUGCCCAACCUCUUGUGAUCUCAGAGUGACUACAGUUUCACUUUCUGUGGAGGCUGCAGAGCCCUGCCAACAGCUAAACCUGCUGAGCCAAAGUGCUUCAGCUCCAGUAGGUGGGGCUGGGGAAGUUGCCCCUGUGGCAACCUUCUGUGUAGGGCAGGAUAGCAGUGUGGCUGGCAGCGCUGCCAAAACCAGUGCUGUGCAGUACGGGUUGCCUGCCCAGCCCUGAUCUAAGCAGAAUUGCAACACUCUGAAACUAGCUAUAACCACGUUGUUAGUGCAGUUGUUCCUGUCAUCUGUUCUGUAGCUGCUUGGUCUCUACUAACACAGCACUGGAAAACUUUAACACAUAGGCAAUACUGAUUGGUGUGCAUCUUGACGAGGUCUCCAGCAACCUUUUCUGAAGGGCUGAAUGACAGCAGGAGAGGCUGGGUAAAUCGAUGAGUUUGCCUUGGGAGCCUAUAAACAGGCAAAAUCAGAACACACAAUGGGUCAGAAGGUCACAGGUGGGAUAAAGACUGUGGAUAUGAGGGACCCUGUAUACAGGCCACUGAAACAGGAACUCCAAGGACUUGACUACAGCAAACCCACACGUCUGGACUUGCUACUGGACAUGCCUCCGGUAUCAUAUGAAGUCCAGUUACUGCAUUCAUGGAACAAUGAUGACCGCUCACUGAAUGUAUUUGUGAAAGAGGAUGACAAACUCAUAUUUCACCGGCAUCCGGUGGCUCAGAGUACAGAUGCCAUCAGAGGCAAAGUGGGAUAUACACGAGGACUGCAUGUGUGGCAGAUCACAUGGGCAAUGAGGCAGCGAGGCACGCACGCUGUGGUUGGGGUGGCAACAGCAGAUGCCCCUUUGCAUUCAGUAGGGUACACGACGCUUGUAGGAAAUAACCAUGAAUCUUGGGGGUGGGACCUUGGGCGCAACAGACUGUACCAUGAUGGCAAGAACCAGCCAAGUAAAACCUAUCCUGCCUUCUUAGAACCAGAUGAAACUUUCAUUGUGCCGGACUCCUUCCUGGUGGUUCUGGACAUGGAUGAUGGGACGCUGAGCUUCAUUGUAGAUGGGCAAUACAUGGGUGUUGCCUUUCGGGGACUCAAAGGGAAAAAGCUAUAUCCAGUGGUAAGCGCAGUGUGGGGACACUGUGAAAUACGGAUGUGCUACUUGAAUGGACUUGACCCUGAACCACUGCCUUUGAUGGACUUGUGUCGGCGAGCUGUGAGGCUUGCUCUGGGCAAGGAAAGACUGAAUGAGAUCCCUACACUGCCCUUGCCAGCCUCCCUCAAGAGUUACCUGCUCUACCAAUGACCUUCAUGUUCAAGGAUAGAGAGUUGGAACCAAGGCAAAAUGUCAGAGCUGACCCACUGAGCAAUGGGUUCUCCACCUUGUGUCAUCACUACUGUUGGAACUCCUUGGCCAAAGUAUUCCUGCCACUGCUUAAGUCUCAAUGUACCCUUAUUGGCAAGUUCUUAAGUAAUCCUUGUUUCACAGCUGAGUGGUUUGUUCUUUGGAAGUCACUUCCCCAGCACACCUACAAAAAGAACACUUACAGAAGCUUUGUGCUUCUGUGCUUAUCCUGAGAAAAGGCCGUACUGCACUCUUUGGGUUUUACAGCCUAGGAGUGAAUGAUUUUCCUAUGCCAGCUAAAGGGAAGAACAUAAUUUGGGGAAAGGUAUUAGGAGUGGAAAUUUUAAGACCAUGUUCUAAGAAUGCAAAGGCAUGGGGUGGCCAGCAGAGUUGGGAAGAGUCUGGAAUCCAAGAAGAAUUAAUUGCUGAGUUUUUAAAAACAAACAGAAAAACACUACCAAACCUCAACCCUGAAACACCAAAACAAAGAACCUUUCCACCAGGAUGCUUCUAAAUUUGGGGAAGGUGGUUAUGUUGCUGUUGUCUGUAUCUCUGCCAGGACUUCUCAUCAUGGUCUAAUGCUGUUUCCUAGAUAGUGAAUCCUGCUUUCUUGUUUAUCAGCACUGUUUUCUCCAUUCUCCUGUUCUGUUCUCUGUUCUGCCUCUUCUUAGUGGGUUUGACUCGGUUGAUUGAGCAAUCAUAUUGUGUCAUGACUUGCCUACUUCUGACUUAAAACUGUAAGUUUUAGUCUGGGAUCAAAGGCCCCUUGCUGAUGUGAGGACAGGGAAGGGACAGACUUCAGCAGUUGGCUGAGACGGGCUGUAUGAGCUGAGACUUGUUACACAGUUACAGGUCCUGCCAUCUUAGGUCUGCUUUCUGUAUAGCCUGUUUCAAGUUAAGGCUUUAGAGAAACAUACUAAUGUUUCUCUGAUGGCACUGCCAGGGAAUUCUCUUAGAUAAGCUGCUUAAAGUCAUCCAAACCAGGCUUUGUUCUGUCAUAGGACUUUGCCAUAAUCUCUAACUAUGCAGCAGGAAUAGUUGGCGAUUUCUUGCUUGGGGGUGGGAAGUUGUCCCAGAGAAGGUGGUAGCAGUGUGGCUGCAGAAGUACCAUCAGCAGAUAAGAAAUCAAGGUGAUUGCUGCAGAAUGUAACUUACAAGACUUUAACAGAGGCCAGUGGGAUGAUCUUCAGGUACAGCAAGAAAAAAGUGAACCUCUCCAGAGCUGGGGGGCAGGAGAGAACUGCAAUAAACAGGAUAAGCAGGUCAGGCAAAAUCAGCACAGCCCAAAUAGAUUCUCACCUCAGUAGCCAAGUUAAGAGGAUGACACUCCUUUACUAGCAGGAGCUGCUCUCUUGACCUCACCACAGGUCACUAUGCUGCCUUUCUGGGGUUAUUUUGCACAUUUCUUUGUCUUGAAAAUCAUUUGUGUGGUUGGUUUUUGCUCUUGAGUUAUCCCUUUGGUUCUGUGUAGGUACAAAUGAGUUUAGUUGUUGAAAAUGUUAAUAUAUAUAUAUUUGUGGUGUAUGUAUAAGAACAUGAUUUAAACAGCUGCUGUAGGGUACCUUUUUUCAAGUAAACUACUUGCAUAGUAUAUUUUUUAAGCACAGAAUUGGUGCCAAGACUGGGUGGGGUAUGAUGUGCCCCUUUUUAAUCUAAUAUUAUGUUUUUUUUAAUGUAGGGGUUUGUACCAGUUUCUGUUACAGGGUGGGACACAAGAAAAUUUGGUGUGUAUGGAGCCCUACUUGGUUGCCUUCAACUUGAACCAGUGUCUUCCAGAAUUCCAGGGAAGCAGCUGUGUUCUCCUGACUUAUGCUCUUUGUGCUCCAUUGCUUCAAUAUCUUCUCACUUCACCAGUACAUAGCUUUGUACAGUUUUAAAUUUUGACUUUCUAUUUUAUGACUGUAGAUAAUGCUCAGUAACCUAAUAAACUUUAUUAAAUAUUA